AAAAAAGCAGCAGCAGCAGCAGAAAGCUGGCCGACAUGGCGGCUGUUUACGAGUGGGCCGCGGGCGAGCUGUUUCCAAACAAAACCCCGGAGCCGCGUCCUGAAAACCGGCAGGCAGAGCUCGCUACCGAGCCGGGCAGCGACCCGCCCGCCCUGCUCACCGAGAGGGAGAUCAAACAGGAGCCAGCGGAGCCCGAGAUGGAGCCGGAGAGCCGCGGAGCCCGACCGCUGAUCAUCAGCGCUGUAGAGCAGACCGCCGUCAAAGAGGAGCGAAGCGAGCCGGCGGGGGAGGAGGACGAGCCGGCGGGGGAGGAGGACGAGCCGGCGGGGGAGGAGGACGGGGAGCAGGGGGGCUAUUACCAGAUAAAGCUGUGUGAAGCCGGGGAGACCUCUGGCGAGUGGACCCGGAGCCAAGACCACCUCAACCAGCAGGGCCCAGAAAGCGAAGAGGGAGAUAACAACGGGCAUGGGCUGUUCUUCUGCAUGGACUGUGGAGAGGUCUUUAUGCAGAGGGCCGUCUACCAGGCCCACCGACGGACGCACGCCCAUGAGCGCCGGACGGACAGAGUGGCCCGCUACGAAGGCAUGCUGGUGCCAGACGCGGGCAGGAAAACCUUCUCCUGCGCCAUCUGCGGGAAGCGCUUCUACAAUUCCAGAGGCUUCCACGGCCACCAGCGGACCCACCUCCUCAAACAGCCCAAAAGGGGCCAGGAGGACAAGCCUCACAGGUGCACCGUGUGCGGGAAAGGUUACAUCGCGCUCGGCUUCCUGAUCAGCCACGAGCGUUCCCACGAGAAGCCUCCAAAAUCCAUCUUCAACGGGCUGGCCCAGCUGAAGAAGAAAUCCUUCGAGUGCCCGGACUGCGGGCGGUGCUAUUCGCGGGCAUCGGCCCUGGAAGCCCAUCGUCAUUGUCACGCCAACGUGAAGCUCUUCAAAGCCCUGGACCCGAUCAAGCAGGCGAGGGCCUGUGGGAAAGCGCACGAGUGCCCGGAGUGCGGGAAGGCCUGCCACUCCGUCGCGGGGCUCAGCUGCCACCGUAAGAUCCACAGCGUGAAUCUGGUGAAGAAAGAGGACAUGCGGGAGGAGAGCAGGAGGUCCCUGGAGUGCCUGGAGUGCGGCCGCACCUUCGCCUCCGCGGCAGCCAUACGGGCCCACCGACGGGUUCACGCUUUGCGCUCCAAGUCCGAUGCCGCGGUUACCCCAGCCGGGGCAGAGAAGCCCUGCGCGUGCCCAGUGUGCCGGAAGCGGUUUUGCACGCCGGCUUUCCUGGAGUACCACCGCCGGCUGGCUCACGCAGACUCCAGGCCGCCCAAGUCCUUGCUCCACCAGCUGGACACGUUGCAGAAAAAGUCGUUCAAGUGUCCUGAGUGCGGGAAGCGCUUCUCCCGCGCCUCCGCUUUCCACUCCCAUCUGCGCUGCCACACGGACUACGACUCUUGCCAAGACGUCCAGGAGGGCAGCACGUCGGCUGCUGAGGAGGAGGAGGAGGCCAGUAGAAGUGUCUGCCUCUCUCCCAGGUCUUCCCCUCGUACCGCCAGAAGGCUACUUGCUGCUGAAUCCCUCGGCAAAAGCACCCAGUCCGGGAGGGGCGACUCAUUCGAGUGCCUCGACUGUAGCAUGUAUUUCACCCGCCCCAGUGCCUUCCACGCCCAUCGCCUCUGGCACUCCUCUGUCAGCAGCGUCGCGCCUGCCAAGCUGGAAGUGAAACCCGAAGCUGAAUUGGAAAUUGAGCUUGAGGAAGAGCCUGACCUGAAACUGAAGAGUCCGGACUGCGGAAAACGCUUCGGCCUCCCUGCCUCCCUGCGAGCUCAUCGCCUCAGUCACAAACGAGACGGCAUCGCACCCUACGAAAUAAAACCGGACAUCAAGUCAGAAGUGGAGAGCGAACCCGAAACAGAGGUGGAACCGAAGAAGAAUCCUUUCGAGUGUCUGGAGUGCGGACAGUGUUUCAGCUGUUCCAAGGCCCUCCUAACACACCAGCACUGGCACACUCGUGGUUCAUUGCAAAUCUUUAUCGGGGGCAGCCCGACGCAGUCGGAGAAGCCAUACCAGUGUGAUGAGUGUGGGAAAGGCUACUGCUCAGUCAAGGCCUUCCACAACCACCUGUGGAAACACAUGGACAGAAAGCCUUUGAAAUCCCUCUCUUACCAGCUGGCAGGGCUGGAGAAGAACUCCUUCGAGUGUCCCCAGUGCGGGAUGCGUUUCUCCCGGGCGUCCGCGCUGCAGUCCCACAAGCAAAGCCACCUGAACGCAAGAUUUAAAUCCCGCUCCUCUUCCGAGAAACCCUUCAAGUGUGCAGAGUGCGGGAGAGGCUACUGGUCACCUGCCGCGCUCUCAGUUCAUCAGAAAUCUCAACACGCCAGCGCCAAACCUUCCUUGGAUCCCUGCCAGGGGAGGGAGAAGUCUGAUGCUGAAGUAAGCAGCAACACGCCUGACCAGUCUGAUGCAAGCGGGAAAGGGAACGCUACACACUGGGGUUUGGAUCGCCAAGGCCGAUUACACCCGCACCUGAAACUUUCAGCGCAUUCUGAUGUCCGCCAGGGUGCCAGCUCCCAGGAGAAGUCUGACAAGGCCUUGCACUGUGGGAGUCGGAACUCCAGCGGCUCUGCUCUCCAGUCCCCGUACAGCACAGAUUCCUCCAAAUCCCACAAAGAAUCUUCUUCCUCCCACUUUGACAGUGGUGGUAGACCUCCUGAUGAGCCAGUCAUCAAACUGGAAAUUGAAGACUUUGCCAUCGGGAGUACUCCGUCAAAGCAGGUUGAUCCCUUCGAGUGCCCAGAUUGUGGCCAGCGCUUCGCCUGCCGUGGCGCACUCUGUGCCCAUUGCCACGGGCGCACCAGAGACUCCAGACACCUCAGCCUGCUUGGCAGGGGCACGGAUGUGAAAACAGAAUUAAAACCGGAGGUGAAACAUGAUGUUCAACCCGACGCCGAACUGAAGGAUAUUUCUCUGGCAUGCCCAGACUGCGGCCGGCUUUUCAGUCGCCCCGAUGCACUUCGAGCACACCGGUACUGGCACACGCGAGGCUCCAGUCGUCUGUCGUUGUUUACCGGGAGCACCGACGUUAAACCGGACAUAAAACUCGAGAUCAAAACCGUUCUCAUCGCCGACAGCACCUCGCCCAAGAAGCCUUUUUCCUCAGAGUGCCCGGACUGUGGCAAGAGCUUUCGUAACGUUGCUGGGCUCCGAUCCCACAUGCAUUGGCACAGGCGGCCCUCGAAGCAACACUCAACAACAUUCUCCCACGAGGGAGGUCCGGCCCCAGGCGAGAAGCCAUACCGGUGUGACGAGUGUGGGAAAGGCUGCGACUCCAUCAAGGCCGUUCACAACCACCAGCGGAAACACAGAAAGCCUUUGAAAUCCCUCUCUUACCAGCUGGCUCGGCUGGAGAGGAACUCUUUCGAGUGUCCUGAGUGCGGGAUGCGUUUCUCCCGGGCGUCUGCGCUGCAGUCCCACAAUCAGAACCAUCUGGACUCGUAUUCCAGAAGCUCGAAAGACAAACCUUACAGAUGCACAGAGUGCAAGAAGAGCUACUGGUCUUUGAGGUCGCUCUACACCCACAAGAAGUGUCACUUGAAAGAAGCUUUAAAAGCAGAAGGUGACGGAGGGACGCAGGCGGAGAAGCCAUGUCACAAGUGCCCUGAUUGCCAGAGAAGUUUCAGUGACCCCACAGAGCUCGCCACCCACAGACAGGGGCCCUGUGUGGAUGAAUCCUGGGAAAGAGACACCCAGGCAGAGCUGGGAGGCAAGGAUGGACCCUUGAAGAGCAGUCGGUGUGGGAAGGGUUUCCAUGACUCGAACGCUGUCUGCGAACACCAGCUACACCAGCACAUGGACGAGAAAACCGUUUUGCAGAAGCAACCAGAGAAGUCUCUUGCGUCUCCUGAUCGUGACAGAGUUUGUGCCGCCGCCAUGCCUCUCGCCGGCUUGCACCGGCGAAGCCACCAACUCGGAGAAGACUCAAACCAGAAGCCCUAUCCCUGCCCGGACUGUGAGAAGAGUUACAGCUCAGCCGGUGCGCUACACAACCACAAGAAAUCCGGACACAAGAAACCUGGAAACUCUGUCGACUCCCAGGAGACGGCUCCUAGGUCUCGGCGUCGGCGCCCUCACCGCUUCACGAACAGGAGCUACCAAUGCCAGGACUGUGGGAAACGCUACAGCACCAAGAGUGCCCUCUACAACCACAAGAAAUCCCACAUCGCAGCUUCCGUCCCCGACCUGCAGGGGGCGCCCCAGCAGAACGACAUGCCUUUCGGGAGAGGUGCUGAACCAAGGAAGUGCCAGAAAUGCGGGAAUUCGUUCACUACAGGCUCCUUGCUGAACACUUACAGGAAGCAGGCUUGGAACAGCCCUUCUUCCUGCUCGCUGUGCUGCAAAACUGAAUUGGAAAUCAAGCUUGAGGAAGAGCCCGAUCUGGAACCGAAGAGUCCGGACUGCGGAAAACGCUUCGGCCUCCCUGCCGAGCUGCGAGCUCAUCGCCUCAGUCACAAACGAGACUGCGUCACAUCCUACGAACUAAAACCGGACAUCAAGUCAGAAGUGGAGAUCGAACCCGAAACAGAGUUGGAACCGAAGAAGGAUCCUUUCAAGUGUCCGGAGUGCGGACAGUGUUUCAGCUGUUCCAAGGCCCUCCUAACACACCAGCACUGGCACACUCGUGGUUCAUUGCAAAUCUUUAUCGGGGGCAGCCCGACGCAGUCGGAGAAGCCAUACCAGUGUGAUGAGUGUGGGAAAGGCUACUGCUCAAUCAAGGCCUUCUGCGACCACCUGCGGAAACACAUGGUCAGAAAGCCUUUGAAAUCUCUCUCUUACCAGCUGGCAGGGCUGGAGAAGAACUCCUUCGAGUGUCCUGAGUGCGGGAUGCGUUUCUCCCGGGCGUCCGCGCUGCAGUCCCACAAGCAGAACCACCUGGACUCUCAUUCCAGAAGCUCAAAAGACAAACCUUGCAGAUGCACAGAGUGCGAGAAGAGCUUCUGGUCUUUGAGGUCGCUGUACACCCAUAAGAAGUGUCACGUCAAAGAAGCUUUAAAAGAGGAAGGUGACGGAGGAACCCAGGCGGAGAAGCCAUGUCACAAGUGCCCCAAUUGCCAGAGAAGUUUCAGUGACCCCGCAGAGCUCGCCACCCACAGACAGGGGCCCUGUGUGGAUGAAUCCUGGGAAAGAGACACCAAGGCUGAGCUGGGAGGCGAGGACGGACCCUUGCAGAGCAGUCGAUGUGCAGAGGGUUUCCAUGACUCGAACGCUGUAAGCGGACACCAGCAACACCAACACACGGACAAGAAGAUCGUUUUGCAGAAGCAACCAGAGAAGUCUCGUGCAUGUCCUGAUCGUGACAGAGUUUGUGCCGCCGCCAUGCCUCUCGCCGGCUUGCACCUGAGAAGCCACCAAGUCGAAGAAGACUCAAACCAGAAGCCCUAUCCCUGCCCGGACUGUGAGAAGAGUUACAGCUCAGCCGGUGCGCUACACAACCACAAGAAAUCCGGACACAAGAAACCUGGAAACUCUGUCGACUCCCAGGAGACGGCUCCUAGGUCUCGGCGUCGGCGCCCUCACCGCUUCACGAACAGGAGCUACCAAUGCCAGGACUGUGGGAAACGCUACAGCACCAAGAGUGCCCUCUACAACCACAAGAAAUCCCACAUCGCAGCUUCCGUCCCCGACCUGCAGGGGGCGCCCCAGCAGAACGACAUGCCUUUCGGGAGAGGUGCUGAACUGUGGAAGUGCCAGAAAUGCGGGAAGUCGUUCACUACAAGCUCCUUGCUGAACGCUCACAGGAAGCAGGCGUGGAACAGCCGUUACACCUGCUCGCUGUGUUGCAAAGGCUUCCCGGAGGAAGGGGAGCUCCUGCAGCACAUGCAGCGUGGGCACGAGUGCAGGGUGUGCGGGAUGCUGUUCAGGGCACUGGCCGAGCUCCGCCUUCACCUGGAGACCCACCCGGGUGCCCGGCCCUUCCGGUGCCUGACCUGCGGGCUCGCGUUUUCCCACCUGAAGAACCUGACCAGGCACCAGAAGAAUCACAGUCACCAAGGAGUGAUCAGGGAGGGGAAACCGAUGGCGACUCCGAAGCGCCACAAGUGCCCCCAGUGUGGCAAGGCGUUCCGGUUCCUCUCCGAAGUCAAACGGCAUCAGCCUGUCCACACCAGAGAGAAGCAACAAUGCCAGCUGUGCCCGAAGGCUUACUCGCUGACCCAAGGACUGAGAGUUCACCAGCGAAGCUGUCACAGAGCAAUUCUUACUCAGGGUGCAUCCAAAGGCAAUGGUACUCUCUCAGCUGCUGCUUUCAUUUCUUCUAAGCCACAUGAAGAGUCAUGCCUGCUGGACAAUAUCGAGUCCAGGCUGAAUGCUGGCCAGGCAAACUGCAGCACCCGAGGAACAACGGACAAGGCGUCUGAGCUGUCUGUUCCCUCCAGGGCUCCGAAGUGUUUCCUGAGCGUCGAGGCGCUCCAAUUUUCCUCCGAUCUCGUCAGCCCCCAGCCUGUGCACGCCGGGGAGAAGUACCGGUGCCAGCUCUGCCCGAAGGCUUACUCGAAGCCCCAAGCACUGAGGGCACAUCAGCAGACCCUUCAUGGAGGAGAUGGGACCCAGGGGGCCAACGAGGGUGAAGGUACUCCGCAAUUUUCUCCAGCACCUGAGGAGGAGGAGGGGGAGGCGCUGCUGCUGGGCUGCAUUGAGUGCGGACAGACAUUCAGCCAGGAGUUGGAACUGCACCAGCACUACAUAGAGCAUGCCCGGGGAGACUUCUGAAAGGGUUUGCAGGUUGAGAACACUACACACAGCUCACUAACAGGGAGAACAGUGACCCCCUACCCCCCUCACAUACACAAACUCCUUAUCCUAUCCUAUUGUUUGACUGCUUCCUAUAAACUGUGACAGUGGCCUGUAAAACACUGAAAGAAAUUUCUGGGUGGUUUAAAAAAAAAAAAAAACACACAAAAAACACCACAUUUGACACGUCCCUCCUCCUAGUCACAAAAGAACCAGGACUAGGGGGCUGGGUGGGGCAGCAGGGCAAGUUUGGCUUGUCUCGGGUUGAACAGCCUCGCUGUUGAACUUCUGUUGUAAAUCAGAUUGUGUCGACAAGCAAACACUGCAUGAUUUGACACCAUGCUUGAGAGAGAAGUCUGGGACUGAAUGGGAGGUAGGGAGGGAGGGAGGGAUGGACAGUGCGAGGGGGUGUUCUAGUCCCUUGUGGCAGGUGUGGGAGAUGAAGCUGUCAUAGAGCCCUACUUGGGGACCACUAUAAAAAAAAUAAAUAAAAAAUUAGACACGUGUACAGAGUACUGGGGAAACCCAUUUUUAGUAAUUGUUGUUGUUUUCUUGUGUGUGAGCGAUGGUCUGUGAAACACACCAGCACACAUGUUCAAGUUUCCAGCUUAGUGGACAGUAAAUCCCUAAAAAUAAAUAUAUCCGAAA